UCCAAAGAGGAAGUUCGGACAAGCUUAAAUGCCAACAGGUUGGCGCCGCGUUGGACCACCCUGUUUUGGAUCUGAAGGAGAACAGCCAAAGGGAGGGAACUUGCCUCUAGAAUACAGACUGACAAUCUUCCCCUCUCACCCCCCCCCAACCCCCUACACCCAGUCUCCCGCCCCAGGCCUGUGCGAUUCAGUCUGGGAAACGGAAAGGAAAGAGUCUACCAGCUUUGAACUGAUCAGUAUGGGGAAAGUACUCGAUAAAAUGUCAGCUCUAGGACCACAUAACGUUGUUCCAGGAGCAUCAAUAACUCCAAAUGCGCCUCCUUCCUAUGAAGAGACAAUGGCUAUCAACAGUCAUUUUCCUACUCCUCCCCCUGGGCCUGUACCAGGAAUAGUGCCAGGAGUAGUGCCAGGAGCAGAUGGGAAGGGUAUGAAUCCUCCUGCAUACUAUUCUCAGCCUUUGCCAGCUCCAAAUCCUAAUGCAAUUGCAGUUCAGACUGUGUAUGUGCAGCAGCCUGUCACCUUUUUUGACCGUCCUGUCCAGAUGUGCUGUCCCUCGUGUAACAAGAUGAUAGUGACCAGUCUCUCUUUUAAUGCAGGAGCCCUAACUUGGCUGUCUUGUGGCAGCCUUUGCUUACUGGGGUGUAUAGCUGGCUGCUGUUUCAUUCCAUUUUGUGUGGAUGCACUUCAGGAUGUGGAUCACUAUUGCCCGAAUUGCAAAGCUCUUCUUGGUACCUAUAAACGUUUGUAGGACCAAGGCAAAUGUGAUGAAUCUGCCUGAAAAGGUUUGCUGGCUUUUAAAGUUCUUCAGAAGCUUCACCAAGCCCACCAGGGGUGAUGGUCUGCUUUUUGGUGGUCAGAUUUUUCCAGUGGUCCAUUUAAAGGAGAAAACAACCAAAUAAACCAAACCAAACCCCCACCAACCUCCAAACUUAUGAACCUGCUGUUUGGAGGACUUGAAAGGACUUACAGAGACAUUCACCUCUAGAAUACUGGUUUAAAUGUAGUCUGCCUAUGUAUGAACCAAAGUCACCCCUGUCUUUGACUGAUUGCUGGCUUAUUUAAGAUUUCAUUUGGUGAUUGUUGAUUGGCAGGCCCCUCCUGCCUCCUCUGUUAGCACCUUUGCUGAUGGGCUUUACACAGAAGUCAUGGGCUGCCUUGGUUUUGAGACUGAACUAGCCAGAAAGAGGCUGAAUCAAUCUAUAGUGCCUAUAGUUUGCCCUUCUGUGGGGCAGAAUCUUGGUUUAGAGACCUUAGGAGAUGCUAAUCUCAGAUACCAUUUAAUUAGGGACUUUUUAUGAGCACAAAAAUUCACUUUAACUUUUUUA